GAAACUGAAAACGACAGCAAUUGGCCACUUGGGGAGGAGAGUUACAGCAGUGGGAAGGAUUAUAAAAAUCCAGCCUGAGAGCUGUUAUCUCACUGCUACUCCCAUCUAUCAGCAGGCUCCAGACAAGAAGAUUUCUUUUCUGCUCUCUCCAAGGUCCGGUGAUAAAGCCUUGCGUGGAGCCACCAUGCGGCAGAAGGCGGUAUCGCUCUUCUUGUGCUACCUACUACUCUACACCUGCGGUGGAGAGGAGACAGACAAAAGAAGACGCUCUGAGGACAACAGCAGCUCCGGGCUCUGGGGCACGCUGGCCUACAUGGCCGUCGGAGGAGGGCUCAUGGCCAUGGCGCUGCCCGCUCUGGGCUUCACGACCGCCGGCAUCGCCGCCAACUCUGUGGCUGCCUCGCUGAUGAGCUGGUCGGCCGUGGCGAACGGGGGCGGAGUGCCCGCCGGGGGGCUGGUGGCCACGCUGCAGAGCCUGGGGGCUGGCGGUGGCAGUGCCCUCAUGGGCAAAGUUGGGGCCUUUCUGGGCUAUACUGUCAGCAAGCAACUCGAAAGCAGAGGGGAGAAGACAGAGGAUGAGCAGUAGCCAGCGGCUCCCUGGAAGCCCCUCCCUCCCCGUGCUCCUCCUCCUUUUUCCAGCUGUGGUUGAGCUUCCUCUGUCAUACUUGGCAAUGAUCUAGGUCAAAAAACAAAACCAAGCAAAACAGAAUAAACUUCUCUCAGAAAACA